AGUGAACUAAAAGCAUAAGCUAACAAAUCAUAUAUUUCGCCUUCCCACCACAAAUGUUUUCGGCCAGCAAAAUUGCUUGUUAAGUUAAUGCUGCAUAUAUGACAGGCCCACACGACAUCGACAGCGACUGAGACACAAUGAGCCGCCAACACCAGCGGCACCACCACCUGCCGCACCAUCAGCAGCAGCCGCUGCAACAGCAGAUGCCGCAGCAGCAGCAGCAGUUGACGGCGCAGCAGCAGCAGCAACAGCAGCUCCUCAUGGCGGAGCACGCGGCGGCCGCGGAGGCGGCGGAGCUGUUCGACCUGCUGUGCGUGGCCACCACGAUGCGCCAGAUCCUGGCGCUCCAUCGGGCCAUGUGCGAGGCGGUGGGUCUGCGGCCGUCGCCCCUCAACGACUUCUAUCCGCGACUCAAGGCCAAGGUGCGCUCGUGGAAGGCGCAGGCGCUGUGGAAGAAGUUCGACGCCCGGGCAGCCCAUCGGGUCUACGGGAAGGGAGCCGCCUGCUCCGGCACCCGCGUCCUGGUCAUCGGAGCCGGGCCGUGUGGCCUGCGCACCGCCAUCGAGGCCCAGUUGCUGGGCGCCAAGGUGGUGGUGCUGGAGAAACGCGAUCGCAUCACCCGCAACAAUGUCCUGCAUCUGUGGCCCUUUGUCAUCACGGAUCUGCGCAAUCUGGGCGCCAAGAAGUUCUACGGCAAGUUCUGUGCCGGCUCCAUCGAUCACAUCUCCAUCCGGCAGCUGCAGUGCAUGCUGCUCAAGGUGGCACUGCUCCUGGGCGUGGAGAUCCACGAGGGCGUCAGCUUUGAGCACGCCCUAGAGCCCUCCGGCGAUGGAGGCGGCUGGAGGGCAGCGGUCAGCCCCGCCGACCAUGCCGUCUCUCACUACGAGUUCGAUGUGCUGAUCGGGGCGGAUGGCAAGCGGAAUAUGCUCGACUUUCGGCGGAAGGAGUUCCGCGGCAAGCUGGCCAUCGCCAUCACGGCCAACUUUAUCAACAAGAAGACGGAGGCGGAGGCCAAGGUGGAGGAGAUUAGCGGCGUGGCCUUCAUCUUCAACCAGGCCUUCUUCAAGGAGUUGUACGGAAAGACGGGAAUCGACCUGGAGAACAUCGUGUACUACAAGGACGAGACGCACUACUUUGUGAUGACGGCCAAGAAGCACAGUUUGAUCGACAAGGGCGUCAUUAUCGAGGACAUGGCCGAUCCCGGCGAGCUGCUGGCCGCCGCCAAUGUGGACACCCAGAAGCUGCACGACUAUGCCCGCGAGGCGGCCGAGUUCUCCACCCAAUACCAAAUGCCCAAUCUGGAGUUUGCCGUCAAUCACUACGGCAAACCGGAUGUGGCCAUGUUCGACUUCACCUCGAUGUUCGCCGCCGAGAUGUCGUGUCGCGUGAUCGUGCGGAAGGGCGCCCGCCUGAUGCAGUGCCUCGUGGGCGACAGCCUGCUGGAGCCCUUUUGGCCCACCGGUUCGGGCUGUGCCCGCGGCUUCUUGUCCAGCAUGGACGCCGCCUAUGCCAUCAAGCUGUGGUCCAAUCCGCAGAACAGCACACUCGGGGUGCUGGCGCAGCGCGAGAGCAUCUACAGGCUGCUCAAUCAGACCACGCCGGACACCCUGCAGCGGGACAUCAGUGCCUACACCGUGGACCCGGCCACGCGGUAUCCGAACCUCAACAGGGAGUCGGUCAACAGCUGGCAGGUUAAGCACCUGGUCGACACGGACGACCCGGCCAUUCUGGAGCAGACCUACAUGGACACCCAUGCCCUGCAGACGCCGCAUGCGGACACGCCGGGCAGGAGGAAGCGACGCAGUGGAGAUCUUUUACCCCAGGGAGCCACUUUGCUGAGGUGGAUAAGCGCCCAGCUGCAUGCCCACCAGUUUAUUGGGGAGCUCAAGGACGCUUCGGAUGUGUUCCGCAAUGGACGCGUUCUCUGUGCGCUAAUUAAUCGCUAUCGCCCCGAUCUCAUCGACUUUGCCGCCACCAAGGACAUGAGUCCCGUGGAGUGCAACGAGCUGGCCUUCGCCGUCCUGGAGCGCGAACUGCACAUCGAUCGCAUCAUGAGCGCCAAGCAGUCGCUCGACCUGACCGAUGUGGAGUCGCGCCUUUGGCUCAACUAUUUGGACCAGAUUUGCGAGCUCUUCCGCGGCGAAAUCCCGCACAUCAAGCACCCCAAGAUGGACUUUAGUGAUUUGAGGCAGAAGUAUCGCAUCAACCACACGCACGCUCAGCCUGACUUCUCCAAGCUGUUGGCGACGAAACCGAAGGCCAAGUCGCCGAUGCAGGAUGCCGUGGAUAUACCGACGACAGUGCAACGGCGUUCGGUGCUGGAGGAGGAGCGGGCCAAGCGGCAGCGUCGCCACGAGCAACUGCUCAACGUCGGAGGUGGUGCAGCGGGAUCAGCCGCCGGAGCUGCCGGCAGCGGAAGCGGAACGGGAGCCACCACGCAGCUGGGUCAAAAUGAUACGCCACGUCGGUCGAAGAAGCGCCGCCAGGUGGAUAAGACCGCCAAUAUUGAGGAGCGCCAGCAGCGCUUGCAGGAGAUCGAGGAGAAUCGGCAGGAGCGGAUGAGCAAGCGGCGCCAGCAGCGCUACCACCAGACACAGAACUUCUACAAGAGCCUGCAGCUCCUGCAGGCGGGCAAGCUUCUGAGGGAGGAGGGUGGCGAGGCCGGUGUGGCCGAGGAUGGCACCCCCUUCGAGGACUACUCGAUAUUCCUCUACCGCCAGCAGGCGCCCAUCUUCAACGAUCGCGUCAAGGAGCUGGAGCGGAAGCUUCUGUUUCCCGAUCGCGAACGGGGAGACAUUCCCUCGGCGUUGCCGCGCACCGCAGACGAGCAGUUCAGCGAUCGCAUCAAGAACAUGGAGCAGCGGAUGACGGGACGCGGUGGCCUCGGUGGCGACAAGAAGCCCAAGGAUCUGAUGCGGGCCAUCGGCAAGAUCGACUCGAACGACUGGAAUGUGCGCGAGAUCGAGAAGAAGAUCGAGCUGUCCAAGAAGACGGAGAUCCACGGGCCCAAGGGGCGCGAGAAGGUGCCCAAGUGGAGCAAGGAGCAGUUCCAGGCGCGCCAGCACAAGAUGUCCAAGCCGCAGCGCCAGGAUUCGCGCGAGGCGGAGAAGUUCAAGGACAUCGACCAGACGAUACGCAACCUGGACAAGCAGCUGAAGGAGGGACACAACCUGGACGUGGGCGAGCGGGGUCGCAACAAGGUGGCCUCCAUUGCCGGCCAGUUUGGCAAGAAGGAGGAUGGCAAUUCGGAUGAGAAGAAUGCGGGUAGCACCACCACCAACACCAACAACACAGUCAUACCCAAAUCAAGUUCCAAGGUGGCGCUGGCCUUCAAGAAGCAGGCUGCCUCCGAAAAGUGCCGCUUCUGCAAGCAAACGGUCUACCUGAUGGAGAAGACCACCGUCGAGGGAUUGGUCCUGCAUCGCAAUUGCCUUAAGUGCCACCACUGCCACACCAACUUGCGCCUGGGCGGCUACGCCUUCGAUCGGGACGAUCCGCAGGGGCGGUUCUACUGCACCCAGCACUUCCGGUUGCCGCCCAAACCGUUGCCACAGCGCACAAACAAGACCAGGAAAUCCGCUGCCGCUCAACCCGCCUCGCCUGCCGUUCCACCAGCAGGAGGAUCUCUGCCCUCUGCAGCGGCUGAGCCCAUGGAGACCACUCCGCCCAGGGACCAAGUGGAUCUGCUGGAGACCUCGCGGGCCACUGCCUCUGCGGAUGCCAUGUCCGAUGACGAGGCCAAUGUCAUCGAUGAGCACGAGUGGUCGGGCCGCAACUUCCUGCCCGAAUCGAACAAUGAUUCCCAGUCCGAGCUAUCCAGUUCGGAUGAAUCAGACACGGAGUCGGAUUCGGAGAUGUUUGAGGAGGCGGACGAUUCGCCCUUCGGCGCUCAGACCCUCCAACUGGCCUCGGAUUGGAUUGGAAAGCAGUACUGUGAGGAUAGCGAUGACUCUGAUGAUUUCUACGAUUCUAGUGAAGGUAUAGCGGAUGAUGGUAAGGAUGACACCGAGGGCGAGGAGUUCAAAAAGGCCCGCGAGUUGCGACGCCAGGAGGUUCGCCUGCAGCCGCUGCCCGCCAAUCUGCCCACGGAUACGGAGACCGAGAAGCUUAAGUUAAACGUUGACAAUAAAGAGAAUGUGGCCGAUGGCAGCUCUCUGAAGUCGGCCAAUUCCUUUGAGUCCGCCCGCAGUCAGCCGUCCACGCCCCUUUCCACGCCCACUCGCGUCGAGAUGGAGCAACUGGAGCGGAAUGCUCCUCGCAAGUUUAGCAGCGAAAUUGAGGCGAUCAGCGAGAAGCUUUACCACAUGAACAACAUGAUGAAGAUGAACAAAGACUUGGAGGUGCUGGCCAAGGAGAAUCUGGUGAAGAGCGACAUUCUGCGCAAGCUCACGCUGAAGGAGAAGUGGCUGGCGGAGAAUGCGGCCAUAGCAGCUGGCCAGAAGGUAGUACCAACUCCAAGUCCAAGUGCUGCCACAGCACUCCAACCCAAGUCCAAGUUUGAUGAGAAGUUCGAGAAGGUGGUGAGUCCACCACCUCAACCGUUGGCCGAGGCCAAACCAAAGCCCGUAAUAGAUUUCAAUCUGGAUGAGCUGAAGCCGCGAAAACCCAACUUCGAAGAGCGACCCAAGGAGCAGCUGCCUAAACCUGAGGGCUUGAAGAAACUACCCCAGCCAAAGACCAAAACCAGCAGCACCAAUGUGAGCCGAUCCAACAGCUUAAAGAGCAACGCCAGCAACGGGAGUCCAAAGGUGAAGAAAAGUCCCAUUGGGGAAAUCCUAGGAACCAUUAAAAAGAUUCAACGGCAGAACAGUAGCGAUCAGGAUGAAGAUAUGGAUGUAGAUCUCGAUGGAGAUGCCGAUGUGGAAGUGGGAAGACCACCCAAUAAAGAGCUCAAUAGCAAGCUGAAGGAGAUCCAGGUCAGCAGUUUUGCCGGCACCAUGGAUCACAUUAGAUCCCAGCUGACGAUGCCCACGGUCAGUGCCCAGGCACCAGCCUCCAUGGACCUCUCCAAGUACUUUCCCAACCAAAAGCAAGAGAAGAGCUCCUCGAGCAGCACAAACAAGAACCAGGUUACCUUGAAGGAUGUCAAUCUGGCCAAGUACUUUCCCAGCAGUCCGGCUCCCCAGCGAAGAACGGUGGAAACAGUGGCCGAUCGACUGAAGAAGUCACAGACUGAGGCUUCACUGGCCAAGUCCAAGGAGCAGGAGGAGAUCAAGGCCAAGAAACCGGAGGAGAAAGGAGGGCAGGCUAAAAAGAAUCCAGAGAAGGUGGCGGAUACAAAGCCAGUGCCACCCAAACGACAAGCCUCAUUGGACACCUUUAGCUUGAGGGAUCACCAGAUGGAUGGAGCAUUGGAUCUAACCAAAAAGAAGGCUCCCGCGAAGGCAACCUCGGCGGUAAAGAAGCCUGUAAAAUUGGGAAGUGCCACCACCCUGACGAAGGCAACAGCUACCUCAAAAGGAAAGACCAUUAAGAUUGUAAAGAAAAUCGUACCCAAGGGAACCAAGGCUAAGAAGGCGGCAGCUCAGGAAGCCGCUGCAAUCGAAGCCCCUGCUCCUCCCGAGAAGGAGCCACCCAAAGAUGAGGCCGAGCGAAUAUUGGAUGAAAUUCUGGGAGAUGGAGAAGUCCGCUCACCCAGUUCCGAAUAUCAGCGGCUGUUUGCGGAUGAAAAAUCACCCAGCGAUCUGUCCGACAAUAUUGAUAGAAUACUCGAGGAAACGGGUUUGGAUCUGGAACUCGGUCUGCCCAGGCGCAGCAGUAAGAAACUGGUGAAAACCAAAUCCCUGGGCGAGGGUGAGUUCGAUUUAAAACCAGGAAAGGAGCGACUAACUGGAGUACAGAACAUCCUCAAGCGAUUCGAGUCGAUGAGCUCGGUUACCUCGAUGAAUUCGCAGAAUAGCGAUGAGCAGGCGGCAUUCAAGUUGCGCCGCAUGGAGUCAACCACCAGCAAUCUGAGCAGCCUGACCCGCUCCCGGGAAUCCCUGGUCUCUGCCAGCGAAUCGAUGAGUGAUCUGGAGAAGACCAUGGACUACCUGCGCAACGAAUGGCGCAAUGAGGCCACCAACUUUCUGCAAAAGAAGCGUGACAAGUUCUACGCCAAAAAGGAGGAGCAAAAGGAGGCCAAGGCCAAACCAGUGCAAUAUCGCGAUUCCAAACUGGCCAAGUUCUUUGGUUUAAGCACUCGCAAGUCACCUGAGAAGCGAAAGUCUCCGAUUAAGAAAAAGAAAUCCCCAUCGAAAACGCCAAAGGUGACCAAGGCCAACAAUUCACUAGAGGAGCUGGCCAAGAUCAGUAAUGUUCGCCAGGCCAAGCAGGCUCAGAAAAAGGCCCCCAAGCAUAUAGAAAAGAAACCCCUGAAGCCAGCCAGUCCUGUUCCAGAUGAUUUUGCGAUUCUUGAUCUGCUCGAGAAAGCCACCGAAGCCAAGGAACUGGAGCGCUCAAAGACGAAGAGUCCAGCUGUGGACGCACUGAUUCCAGAGAAGCCAAUAGAAGCUGUAGUAGAAAUUCCCUUACCCUUAUCCUUACCCCUACCCGUAGAAGACAUUAAAAAUCUACCCAAAACCGGGUGUGACAAGUCCUCGAACAGCUCACGUCGUGGCUCCCAAUCCAGUUUGGUGAUGUCGCGACGGCAGUCGGAGAUCUCGCUGACCGAGAAGCUCAACCAGGAGGCCCUGGUGGCCCUGAGUCACCUGGAAAAGGAAAGAGAGGCGGAGCAGGUGGACGAACUGUUCCAGAGCAUGGUGGAGGAAAUGGAGGAGCAGCAGCCCCUGGAGGAGGACAUCGAUGCGGACUCACUGUGCACCACCAUCAGCAAGAGUCCCAGUGCUCAGCCAGUCACGGUGGUGAAGCGGGGCAGCUCUGAGGAUCAGAGCAUUGAGAAGCUCUUUGGGCACUUUUCCGACGAGAUGCUGGUAAAUGUGGAGUUCGAUUCGAAUGAUGAGCUGGUGGGGAUUACACCCAGGGCCACACUUGUUUCCCGAAACACAGCCGAUCGGGAUUACCUGGAUAAACUGGAGUCUUUGGAACGCGAUGAGGAGGCUCUUCAGCCGGCUAUUAAUGAGAAAUUCAAGCAGGAGAAUUGCCUAGAUGAAGUGGAUGGCCUGCACUUCCCAUCGCGCCCACAACGUAGACCCAAAAGCAGUUCAUCUUCCAGUGAACCCUCGCUUCCUGUGGCUCCCCAACGGUUAAAGAAGAAGCUAUCCAAAAUAGAUCCCGAGGAUAUGGCUCCAUCUGUGCAGGAUCUCUUGCAUCAGGUUUACAUCAAGAAUAUUCAACCUGAAGCGGUGGAGGUAAUUCCUGUUCAAGACAGACAAACUUUGAGGUUUCCCAGCAUGUUGGAAGAAGCGGCUGUGGAUGAAGUGGAUCAUCCCAAAGAGGCUUUUAAAGAAAAUGAAUCUUCUUCAGAAGAAAUCAAGAUGGAGACUGUAAGCGAACCAAAAGAGAUUCCCCAGGAGAUUCCAACUCCCAGCAAACCUCCAAUAAGUCUGAGUAACUCGCUGAAAAGUGAGAAUUCCUCCGGCAGCAGUCUAGUGGAGAUACCAAAGAUAAUUACGCCACCCAAGUCGGAUUCGGAUUGGGACAUGGAGAAGCUGCCUGCUUCACCGAUGCCACGUCGAAGGCCGCUACACAAUCCUCCAACAGCCAAGGUGGCCAGCAAGGAGAGCUCCUUGGAGUGGGACAUGGAGAAGCUGCCCAACAGUCCCAUGUUGCCGCGGCGGAACAAGAUGCGCCCCAUCUCACCGGGCACCAGUUCCGUUCAGCUCUUGAACAACCUGACCUCCGAUGCCGAUGAAGAGGCGGCCCAGCGACGCGUCAUCGAGGAUUUCGAGCAGGAGCGACGGCAGGCGCUGAUCAAGCGCGACGAGAGCUUCGAGGCCAUUGCGGCGGAGCAGCGAAGACGCGACUCCUUGCAGAGCAGCAGCAACUCCAGUGGCAAGCGCAGUUUGCCACCACCCACACCACCGACUAUAGGUUCCCGUCGUGGCACCACUCAGGAUACGAAUCGCACCCAGGACACCACGCGACACGAAGGCACACCGCCCAUGUUCAAGAAACUGGAUGUGGAUGGCAGCGCCACCACUUCAAUGGACUCCACCGCCUGCUCCACGCGGCGCAGCUCGUUUGCAUUUAUUGAGUUGCAGGACAACAAACCGGUGAUUGUGCCCAUGCCCAAGAAACUGAAGCUCCCCAAGCCGGAGCAGCCCAGAUUUGUGCCCGAACCGGUGGCCACGGAUGAGCCCGUGCCCGAGGUGUUUCAGGGUCGCUCGUGGCCCAAGGCGCAGCUGGAGGGGGAACUGGAUAAUCCGGAGGAUCUGGAGGAUGAGGAGGCUCAGGCAGAGAGGCUAAGGAUGCAGCUGCCCGAGUACGCUCGCUCGGAUUCCCCGCCAUCGGCUGCUUUUAAGAAUCGCAAGUGGCCCGAUGGAAAGACCGUUUUCGAUAAGCGUGCCGAGUCCCUCGAGGAAGAGGAUAUAUUCGCGGGACUACUGUCGCCCAGGAAAAGAGGUUCCCAGAGAUUCAAGGACAAGCCGCGCUCCCAAUCGCCGCAGCCCUUUAAACCGCUGGCCAAUAGCUCCCGGCAGAGCUCCAAGUCGCAGAGUGAUCUCAAGAAGGGUCCCUCUAUGCAGUCAUUGUCGGCGCAAUCCAGCCAGGACACGGACACCAUCUCCACCACCACCACAGUGGCCACCGCACGUCCAGUGAGCUAUGUCAGCCUGGCGGAUCCCAUGGACGCCAGUACCCAGGCAUUACUGGAUCGGAGCAAGCGGUUGCACAACCGCAAGAGGGAUUUCGUGAACGAGCGAGUGGUUGAGCGUAAUCCCUAUAUGAGGGAGGUGCUCCGCAACACGGAUCGCCGGGAGUCGUACUCGGAUGUGGAUGAGGAUCUGACCAGCUACAGGCCAAGGCACUAUGCGAGCUCCAGCUCCACACUUAAUCGUUUUCCUAAUACGUCUGCGACCAGGAAGAGCACCUAUAACGACUACCUCAGUCCCAGCAGUGAUUAUCUGACCAGGCGAAGCUACAUCCCCUCGAGCAGCAGCUACUAUCCAUCGACCAGCACGCGAAGCUCCCACCUGAGCGAUCUCUUCCGGCGACGCAGCCCCGCCAGCGGAUCAGGAUCCGCAUCCGCAUCACUUUCCGGCUACGGCAACAAAGAGUCGUGCGUCCAAACCGAAUCCGAGAGCACCUCGCCCGACGAGGUGGAGCUCAACUCUGCCACUGAGAUAUCCACCGACUCCGAGUUCGACAACGAUGAGAUUAUACGCCAGGCGCCCAAAAUCUUCAUCGAUGACACCCAUCUAAGGAAGCCCACAAAGGUUCAGAUCAAGUCCACCAUGAUCGGACCCAAUGCUGCUGCCGCCGGUCUCCACCAGAAGCAGUUGGCGGCGCGGGAGAAGGGCGGCAGCUACCUGCAGAAGUACCAACCGCAGCCGCCACUGCCGCAGUUCAAGCCGCUGGUCCAAGUGGAUCCCACCCUGCUUAUUAGUAGCCAGCGUGCUCCGCUCCAGAAUCCCCGGCCGGGCGACUACCUGCUGAACAAGACGGCCAGCACCGAGGGCAUCGCCUCCAAGAAGAGCCUGGAGCUGAAGAAGCGCUACCUGCUGGGCGAGCCGGCCAAUGGCAACAAGAUCCAGAAGUCGGGAUCCACCUCGGUGCUGGACUCGCGCAUCCGCAGCUUCCAGUCGAACAUCUCGGAGUGCCAGAAGCUGCUCAAUCCGAGUAGCGAUAUAAGUGCCGGCAUGCGCACCUUCCUGGAUCGCACAAAACUAGGAGAGGGCAGUCAAACCACCAACGAGCUAAUCCGCUCCGCCACCAGCAAUGUGAUCAACGAUCUGCGCGUGGAGCUGCGGAUACAGAAGACCCCGUCCAGUCAUUCCACGGACAACGAGAAGGAAAAUGUGUUUGUGAACUGCAAGAACGAGCUGAACAAGGGCAUGGAGUACACGGAUGCGGUGAAUGCCACGCUGCUCGACCAGCUGGCCAGGAAGAGUUCGCCCACCACGCCAACGAAUAAUAAGACGGUGAUUGAGGUCAUUGACCUGGUUACUCCGGAGAAACCGGUGGAUAUUAUCGAUCUAACCGCGCUGGAGACGCCCAAAAUGGAGGUGGAUGAACGCCACACACCCGACAGCAACAAGAUCAGUGAGCUGAAGGAGGAACCAAUACCGGAUGUGUCGCGGGAUGUGAAGGAAUGCAUACCGGAUAUACUGGGUCACAUCAAGGAGGGAACGGGAGCGGAGGAGCAGCAGAGUCUCCUUGAACAGUCGGACGAGGAGAAGCGCGAUUCGCCCGAGAAGGAUGUGGCCGAGCAUGAGCUGUAUGAAACGGUGGACAGUGUGCAGAUCCAGGUGCCCAAUAUACCGUGGGACAAGACCAAGCCGGAGGUCAUGUCCACCACCGGCAGCAGUGGCUCCAUUUGCUCCAGCUCAGACUCUUCAAGCAUUGAGGACAUCCAGCACUACAUUCUGGAGUCCACGACCAGUCCGGAUACCCAAACAGCGGGUGGUGGAAAGCACAAUGUGCCCCGCUUGGAGGUUCACGACACAAGUGGCGCUCUGAUGCAGGUGGACAGCCUGAUGAUUGUAAAUGGAAAGUAUAUCGGAGAUCCCGAGGAUGUCAAGUUCUUGGACAUGCCCGCCAAUGUUAUUGUUCCGCCUGCUGCGGCGGUAAAAACGAACGAACUGGAAAUGGAGGAUGACCAUGAGACGGAGCCAGUGACUGCUACUCCGGAGCCAGCUGAAUGCACGGUCAUCAGUGCUGCUCCUCCUCCGCUGCCCGAGAUGGGGCCACCCAAACUGAAGUUCGACAGCAAGAACGAGAACAAGAUCGAGAGCCUGAAGAAUCUUCCCUUGAUCGUGGAGAGCAAUGUGGAGCACAGCCAGGCAGUGAAGCCCGUUACGCUUAAUUUGAGCAAUUUGGCCAGAACGCCGGACACACCGACCACGCCCACAGCGCAUGACAGCGACAAAACGCCCACAGGGGAGGUGCUCUCCCGAGGAUCCGACUCGGAAACGGAGCACACGGGCACUGGUCAUGUUUUAACGGAAACGGAACUCUCCGACUGGACGGCCGACGACUGCAUCUCGGAGAACUUUGUGGACAUGGAGUUUGUGCUGAACUCCAACAAGGGCACGAUGAAGCGGCGCAAGGAGCGUCGACGCAGUGGAGCCAACAAGCUGCCCAGCGGCAACGAGGUUAUCCAUGAGUUGGCCCGUCAGGCGCCAGUGGUGCAGAUGGAUGGGAUUCUCAGUGCCAUCGACAUUGAUGACAUUGAGUUCAUGGACACGGGAUCGGAGGGCUCCUGUGCCGAGGCUUAUUCCGCCACGAAUACGGCGCUCAUUCAGAAUCGAGGCUACAUGGAGUACAUCGAGACGGAACCCAGGAAGGCGACCCGCAAGGCAACGCCACCAUCUUGUUACCCUGGGAAUCUACCGCCUUUGGUGACGAAGCGGGAUGAGAAACUGGGCAUUGAUUACAUUGAGCAGGGGGCGUACAUCAUGCACGAUGAUGCCAAGACUCCCGUGAAUGAGGUGGCUCCCGCCAUGACCCAAUCCCUGACAGACUCCAGCACGCUCAACGAACUGGAUGAUGAUAGUAUGGGUGGAUUGGGUCUAUCCCAAACCCAUGCGACCACAACAGAGGAAAGUGAGGCCUUGACGGUGGUCACCAGCCCACUGGACACCUCCUCGCCGCGGGUGCUCGAUCAAUUCGCCUCCAUGUUGGCGGCGGGCAAGGGUGAAUCCACGCCAAGCAGCUCGGAGCAGCAGCCAAAGACCUCGACGGUGACCAGCAGCAGCACGGGGCCCAAUUCCUCGACGCCUGGGAAUGCCUCUAAGGAGGGGCAGCCAGAGGAGGAUCUGCAGAUUCAGUUCGAGUAUGUGCGAGCCCUGCAGCAGCGCAUCUCGCAGAUCAGCACCCAGCGGCGCAAGAGCUCCAAGGGAGAGGCCAACGCACCUGUGAUAGAAUCGGUGGAGGAUCCAGCGAAGCCCGCGGAGGAAGCUGCCGUAACGAUGCGUCCCCGAAGCACCAGCAUCUCGGGCAAGGUACCCGAAAUACCCACGCUCAGCAGCAAACUGGAGGAGAUCACCAAGGAGCGCACCAAGCAGAAGGAUCUGAUCCACGACCUGGUCAUGGACAAGCUGCAGUCGAAGAAGCAGCUGAAUGCCGAGAAGCGGCUGCACAGGAGUCGCCAGCGCAGUCUGCUGACCAGCGGCUAUGCCAGUGGCGCCAGUCUGAGUCCCACGCCCAAGCUGGCGGCUGCCUGCAGUCCGCAGGAUUCCAACUGCUCCAGCCAGGCGCAUUACCACGCCUCCACGGCGGAGGAGCGACCAAAGGUGCAGGCGGCGGAGAGGCCUUUGCAGAAGUCAGCCACAUCCACCUAUGUGUCGCCCUAUCGCACUGUCCAGGCGCCCACGCGCAGUGGUGAUCUCUACAAGCCGCGUCCCUUUAGCGAGCACAUCGAUGCGAGUGUUUUGACGGGCUACAAGCUGGGCAAGACGGCUUCGUUUAAUGGCGGCAAGUUAAGUGACUUUGUCACGCCCAUUGCUCCGGCAAGAGUUAAUCGAGGAGGAGGAGGAGCUGCGGCAGCGGAUAUCUCCGCCUCAACGGAGAACUUGAGGAGCGAAGCGCGGGCCAGGGCGCGUCUCAAGUCCAACACAGAGCUGGGCCUGAGUCCCGAGGAGAAGAUGCAGUUGAUACGCUCGCGGCUGCACUACGACCAAAGCAGAGCCCUCAAGCCGAAGCAGCUGGAGGAGAUGCCGUCCGGCGAUCUGGCUGCCCGUGCCCGCAAAAUGAGUGCCUCGAAGAGUGUCAACGAUCUGGCCUACAUGGUGGGCCAGCAGCAGCAGCAGGAGCAGCUGGAAAAGGAUGUUGUACUGCAGGCCAAAACGGCCGACUUUACAUCCGAUCCGAACUUGGCAACCGGUGGCCAGGAGAAGGCGGCGAAAACAAAGUCCGGGCGCAGGCCAAAGGAUCCGGAAAGGCGCAAGAGUCUCAUACAGUCGUUGUCCAGCUUCUUCCAGAAGGGUUCUGCCUCCGCGGUCAGCAGUUCCAAGGAGCAGGGCGUCCCUGUGGCUGCCGGCCACUCUGAGCAGUCAGAGCGACCCGGCACCAGCAGCAGCGGCACGCCCACAAUCUCGGAUGCGCCGGCAGGAGGCGGCGGAGGAGGAGGAGGCGUCUUCAGUCGGUUCCGCAUCUCGCCCAAGUCCAAGGAGAAGUCCAAGGACAAGGAUAUGCUGGUCUGCAGUGCAGCUGCAGCAGGAGCAUCACAGACAUCACAGAAUCACUCGCAAGAGUAUCUGAACAACGGUCGCUAUCGAAAGCAAACGAACACUGCGAAACCGAAACCCGAAUCGUUCUCUUCAUCCAGUCCGCAGCUCUACAUACACAAGCCCCACCACCUGGCCGCAGGUCACCCGACGGCCCUGGACGACCAGACACCACCGCCCAUACCGCCUCUGCCACUGAAUUAUCAGAGAUCCGAUGAUGAGAGCUACGCUAACGAGACACGGGAGCAUAAGAAGCAACGUGCCAUAUCGAAGGCUUCGCGACAGGCUGAGCUCAAGCGAUUGCGAAUCGCUCAAGAGAUUCAGCGGGAACAGGAGGAGAUUGAGGUGCAGCUGAAGGACCUGGAGGCACGCGGCGUGCUUAUUGAGAAGGCCCUGCGGGGCGAGGCGCAGAACAUUGAAAACCUGGAUGCGACGAAGGACAACGACGAGAAGCUACUUAAGGAACUUUUGGAGAUUUGGCGCAACAUCACAGCACUAAAGAAACGCGAUGAGGAACUGACUAUAAGGCAACAGGAACUGCAACUGGAGUAUCGGCAUGCCCAGCUCAAGGAAGAGCUCAAUCUGCGCUUGUCCUGCAACAAACUGGACAAAAGCUCCGCCGAUGUGGCCGCCGAGGGUGCAAUACUCAACGAGAUGCUGGAAAUUGUCGCCAAGCGAGCCGCCCUACGACCCACAGCCUCCCAACUCGACCUCACGGCAGCGGGAUCGGCAUCGACCUCAGCCGAGGCAACGGGCAUUAAGCUGACCGGACAACCGCAUGACCACGAAGAAUCAAAUAUUUGAAUAGCAAACUUUCCCUGGGGUCUGCUGGUCUGCGAAGUUCUGCAAGGACUUUUGAGCCUAAAUACUUAAGAUGAAACUGGGGAGAACGUACCAAAAAGGCAGCUGAAUAUACAAAUUUAACAAUACUAAAACCCAUGAGCUGUAGCCGAAACGAGCAACUAACUAUUCAAAGUGAUUGAGCUGGCAGAGAACAAUUUCGAUAUAUAUUUAAGUAGUGAGCAUAACUAAUUUUGGAGAAGCGCGCAAGGUUAAUGUAAAAAACAGGCAGAGAGGAAAUCAAAACCAAAAACUAAUUUCGCAAUUUGAGAGUAAGGAGUAGCAUUGUUUUUCGGAGAAUAACUUUAGUUCCGUAUUCAAUCUAAUUGUAUGCUUAGUAGUCGUUGCCACUGAAAUCUGUCUGAUCUUUGUAUGUCCUGGCAAUAUGUUGUGUUUUAUUUAAUUUAAUACGUUGAUUUGUCUGUGUAACGUGAACAUGUGCAAAGGGUAUGUGAUUUUGAGUAAUUGUAAAUGGUGUAUUUGAGUUUUCUUAGGUUAUUUUCACUUCACCGAUUGUCUGUCGAGUUCUGUGUAUACCGUUUGAAUGUAUUAUUAUUUAUUUGAUGAAGCACCCGCACAUCCUCCCGAACAGCACAACCUUGUAUGUAAUAUGUCAUAUGCUGCCCAACCAAAAUCAAAGUGAACACAAAGAGAUGCACACAAAUAUUUUCUAUAUGCGAGAGCCUACAUACAUAUAACGAUGUAAGAGAGCAAAGCAACCAUUAACUGUAUACUAAUGAAAUGAUUUAAAUUAUUGUGUAAUUUUAUUUAUAACCUGCAUAUAUAAAAAACAUAUUUAUCGAAUUUAUUAUGUAAUUUUCGAUUUAUUUUGAAUUGAAUAAAGAUUUUAUGAGACCUAAA